UUGGGGCGCGCCGGAAGUCCCUGCGCGGGGCCGGGGGCGGUGCUGCGCCUACUUGGGUCGUUCUCGCGUGGCCGUCAUGCCCCCUAGUGCCUUAGAUUCCAGCGAGCUACGCAAGCAAUCUUGGUCCAGCCGAGCUUUCUUCCCCAAAUCACGUAACCCUUGACCUUAUUCCCCCAAAGAACCGGCCUCCCGGGAAGGACCGCUCUGGCGGAGAAGACUCGAACGGCUCCCACCGCCGGGCGUUGGGGGAAAGUAGAGACAGGGUUUCACCGUGUUAGCCAGGAUGGUCUCGAUCCCCUGACCUCGUGAUCCACCCGUCUCGGCCUCCCAAAGUGCUGGGAUUACAGGCUUGAGCCACCGCGCCCGGCCAGAACUCUUGACUGAUAGAAACGGAGGGUGUGUCCAAAGUUUUCAGGAGGGCCCAGCGGCUCUCCAAAACCUCUCCUCACAGCCUCGCCCAUUUCGCGUCAGCCACAACAAAUCAUCGUCAAUCUGUUCCAUCAUCUCCAGUCUGGCAGCAAAAAGGAGUAUCUCAGAAUCUCCGGCCCGUGAAACCGUGAGGGGAUCUGGCCAAGACGUUCUCUUCCUUCUGCCUCCCACCCAGCGGCUCUUCACCUCCACCAUGAGCCUGGACAUCCAGUGUGAGCAGCUGAGUGACGCUAGGUGGGCCGAGCUCCUCCCCCUGCUCCAGCAGUGCCAAGUGGUCAGGCUGGACGACUGUGGCCUCACAGAGGCACGGUGCGGCGACAUCAGCUCGGCACUCCGAGUCAACCCUGCACUGACAGAACUCAGCCUGCGCAGCAAUGAGCUGGGUGAUGCCGGCGUGCACUGCGUGCUCCAGGGCCUGCAGAGCCCCUCCUGCAAGAUCCAGAAGCUGAGCCUCCAGAACUGCUACCUGACGGGGGCCGGCUGCGGGGUCCUGUCCGGCACGCUACGCUCCCUGCCCACGCUUCAGGAGCUGCACCUCAGCGACAACCUCUUGGGGGAUGCGGGCCUGCAGCUGCUCUGCGAGGGACUCCUGGACCCCCAGUGCCGCCUGGAAAAGCUGCAGCUUGAGUAUUGCAACCUCUCGGCUGCCAGCUGCGAGCCCCUGGCCUCCGUGCUCAGGGCCAAGCCGGACUUCAAGGAGCUCACGGUUAGCAACAACGACAUCAAUGAGGCCGGCGUCCGUGUGCUGUGCCAGGGCCUGAAGGAUUCCCCCUGCCAGCUGGAGGCGCUCAAGCUGGAGAGCUGUGGUAUCACGUCAAACAACUGCCGGGACCUGUGCAGCAUCGUGGCCUCCAAGGCCUCGCUGCGGGAGCUGGCCCUGGGCAGCAACAAGCUGGGUGAUGUGGGCAUUGCAGAGCUGUGCCCAGGGCUGCUCCACCCCAGCUCCAGCCUCAGGACCCUGUGGAUCUGGGAGUGUGGCAUCACCGCCAAGGGCUGUGCGGAUCUGUGCCGUGUCCUCAGGACCAAGGAGAGCCUGAAGGAGCUCAGCCUGGCCGGCAACGAGCUGGGGGACGAGGGUGCCCGGCUGCUGUGUGAGACGCUGCUGGAGCCCGGCUGCCAGCUGGAGUCACUGUGGGUGAAGUCCUGCAGCUUCACAGCCGCCUGCUGCUCCCACUUCAGCUCGGUGCUGACCCAGAAUAAAUUUCUCCUGGAGCUGCAGAUAAGCAACAACAGGCUGGGGGACGCGGGCGUGCAGGAACUCUGCAAGGGCUUGGGCCAGCCCGGCUCCGUGCUGCGGGUGCUCUGGCUUGGCGACUGUGAUAUGAGUGACAGCAGCUGCAGCAGCCUUGCUGCGACCCUGUUGGCCAACCAUAGCCUGCGCGAGCUGGACCUCAGCAACAACUGCCUGGGGGACGCGGGCGUCCUGCAGCUGGUGGAGAGUGUCCGGCAGCCGGGCUGCCUCCUGGAGCAGCUGGUCCUGUACGACAUUUACUGGUCCGAGGCGAUGGAGGACCGGCUGCAGGCCCUGGAGGAGGAGAAGCCAUCCCUGAGGGUCAUCUCCUGAGGCGCUUCCUGCCGCUGCUCUCCCUGGACGACCGGCUUCGAGGCACCCCUGGGGCUGACCAGCCCCUGCCACGUCCUCGCCCUGCAUAUCCUAGGUUUGAAGAGAAACGCUCAGAUCCGCUUAUUUUUGCCAGUAUAUUUUGGACACUUUAUAAACCAUUAAAGCACUUUCUUGGCAGGA